AUGGCCGUCUCGACGAAAGAAGUCGCGCUCGUUAUUGGUGCUUCACGAGGCAUCGGUCGUCAGAUUGCUGUGGAUUUUGCAAAGCAAGGUUAUGCAGUCGUCAUAGCCGCAAAAUCCACCUCCGACCCCUCAAAAACCACACCCUUCCCCCCCGAUCCAAACUCCCCCGCCUCCACAAUCUCCACCGUCGAGCACGAAAUCCGCUCCUCGGGCGGCGACGCCACCGCAAUCCCCGUCGACACACGCUCCUACCCCUCCAUCCACCACCUCAUCGCCCAAACACUCUCCACCUACGGCCACAUCGACGUACUCGUCUACAAUUCCGGCGCCAUCUGGUGGUCCUCUGUCUCCAACACACCUUUUUCACGCUUCCAGCUGCUCCAGCGCGUCAACAUCGAGGGCCUGUACGGCGUGCUCAGCGCCGCGUUUCCGCAUUUUGAAGCGCGGGGUUGGCGCGCCCGUAUCGUUGUUGUCUGUCCGCCGAUUUAUUCGCGGUUUUUUAGGGGCAAGACGGCGUAUGCGGUUGGCAAGGUGGGGAUGAGCGUGUUGGUCAAGGGGUUGGCCAUGGAUUUUCGGCGCGAGGAGAAGGUGGGGAUGGCGGUGAGUGGGCUUUGGCCUGCCACGGCGGUGCAGUCUGCGGCGACGGAGAAGAUGGCGCAAGAGGUGCGGGCCGAGUUGAGGAUGCCUGCUGUUUUCUCGGACGCUGUGCUUGCGGUGGUGAGGGCCCCGGUCGAAGAGGUCAAUGGUGAAUUGUUGGUAGAUGAGGAUUUUUUGAGGGAGAAGGGCGUGUGUGAUUUUGAAAAGUAUAGUCUUGUGCCUGGGUCGAGGCCGAGGAGGAUCAUGCCGGUUGAGUUUCCGGAUUUGAGGGUUAGGGAGCAGGAGGAGGAGGGGAGGAGGAUGGAUAGUGUCAAGUUGAGGGCAGCGAAACUUUGA